UCAGUAUGCAUUGAGAAAGCGAAAAGUAGUGAACGAAUUAUUACGUUAUUUCUCGUAUUUAUAUUUAUACGGAAGCAACAGAACGGUUUACUAAGUCGUUGACAAGAAUUCGAUUCCACCAAUCACGAUUGUCGUUUUAACUUCCUCUGCAGGGUAGUUUAAUCUGUACAGCGCACGCGCAAUAUCGACAGUUUUGCCUGCACGCUUCUUCAAUAGCAUUUCAAAGCAACGAAAUUGUCACUAAGAAAUUAUUCACUUUCUGCGAACAUAAAUCAAUUAUUGGAAGCAGUAUCAUCGUAACAUCCGGUGUUACGAUAUUUCAACUUAUAAGACGUGCAGACAACGUCAAAGGUGAAGAACUGACAUCCAUACUUUCAGAGUUAACUUUUACUCGAAGGUACCACGUGAAAGUGGUUUGCUUGUAUCAUGUGAAAGAAGUACACUCGAAAGAGGCAUCUACGAAUAUUCGCGGGAGUACUAGAAGGACGAGAUAAUAAGAAUAAAUUUGUACAAGUGUGAAAAAUUAUUAUAUAAUUAAUUCGAAAAUCGCGUUGAAAAUUUGAAUGGAAUAAGUGUCGGAAGCCACGCCUAAAGUAACCGAUGCACUCGUGAGCGUCGAUUGAGGUUAGCUUGCUUCUAAAUGAUCAUCGCGAUUUAAGUGCGUCCGUCGUCCGUGCGUAGCGACUGACGAUUUUAUUUGUACACACUGUGCGUACGUGUUCCGGAGGAGUGCCAGCUCGAAGAAAGGAAUAAUGUCAAGCAGUGUUUGCCACGCGCCCCUACCAGCACGAAUGGAAGCAUUCACCACGAGGCUCUGUCUCCGUGCUGCUGACCAAUAUGAGCGGCUUCUGCAAGCUCACUUCAACAAGAAUAAAGACAGGACAAAAGUUAUAAAUAUGGAAGUUGAGGAAAGAGAGGAACGGAAGGCACAAUAUACAAUAAAAGCGUUGAUACAUCACGGAGGAAUUUGAAUCCUUCGAGCAAAGAGCAAACGCGGCUGAAUCAUAAUUCGAACCACAAGGAACAUCGAAGGCAGAAGGAUGCUUCGUCGAGCAGCACUUACAGCGCCUUCCGUCAAUGGCGAAGGGGCACUUCUAUGGGCUCGAAUCGGUCCAACAGUGUUGGAUCUAGCUCGACCGGAGCCCUUGCCAAAUUGCCUAAUGAUGCAGCGACCAUACAAAAAAUGGAACAGUUUCCACUGGUCCUUUCCGAUGCCACUAUGCCAGAAGAGGAUCUUUCGUUGAAGUUUUUAGCGCUGAACGCCUUGGAUUUAACAGCCCCAGCCAGUGACGUCCUGUUGAAGAACAGAUUAAAGUCUUGGUUUCAAUUAUCCGGGCAUCCGGAUGGUUUCGCUCCCGCUGGGCCUGGAACAGUUUGGAAGAGAAAAACUGGAGGAGUAGAAAAUACAGAGAGAAUUGUUUACGAAGCCCUUAGCAAAGACAAGGAAUUACGGGAUUGCAUUCCAAGAUACUAUCGUGAAGUGGAAUACAAAGGCGACACGUUCAUAGAGCUACAGGAUUUACUAUUUGGUUUCAACGAUCCGCACGUAAUGGAUAUCAAGAUGGGCACGAGAACGUUCCUCGAAUCGGAAGUGUCGAAGACGACCGCUAGACCGGAUCUAUAUCAAAAGAUGAUCGCCGUUGAUCCAAAUGCUCCGACCAAGCAAGAACACGAGCAACGUGCCGUGACUAAAUUGCGGUACAUGCAGUUCCGUGAGCAACAGAGCUCGACCUGUAGUCACGGAUUUAGAAUUGAGGCUAUGAAAUUACCCGGUGGUCCGCCAAUCACCGACCUAAAGAAAGUAAAGUCACACCAGGAAGUGCUCGAAACUAUGAAUCUGUUUCUUGGAACAAGCGAAAACACUCGCGAAAAACUGCUCGCACGGUUGAAAAAUCUUCGUUCAAAGAUCGAGAUGUCUGAAUACUUCAAAACUCACGAAAUAAUUGGUAGUAGUAUUUUUAUGAUCUACGACGAUGACAAAGUUGGCGUUUGGUUGAUCGAUUUUGCUAAAACACGAGGAUUGCCAAAUGGACAUAGAGUAACACACAGGAAACCAUGGGAACAAGGCAACCACGAAGAAGGCUUUUUAUUUGGUCUCGAUAAUCUUAUUUCUACGAUAGAAGAAGUGAAUCUUCCAAACGCGUAAUUCUCGUAUAAUAACUAUUUCAUUCGUGAAAUCAACUUACAUAAAUAUCCUAUACUGGUCUCAUCCUAAUAACAGCUAUCAUUAUUUUCUUUAUUUACUUCAAUAAACUAAAUAAAAAAUGUCCAAUUUUCUCUUUGGGAAAUUUCCAUCGCAUACUUUGCAGAUAUUUUCUGAUACGAUUGAUAUAUUAAAAACUUUAAUACCUAUACUUUUGUGUAUAAUUAUCAUUGGUCUUUGUAAAGAAUUAGAAAAGAUGAGACUGCCUAUAAAAUACAAAUUAUGUAUUUAAAUACUUUAAAACAAAACGUUAAUACAAGGUAUUUGAGGCGGAA